AUGAGCUCCUCAUGCAGGAAGAAGUUCGCCGCCAUCGGGGUGGCGGCGGUGGUGGUCGUCGCUGUCGUCGCCGUCGUCGCCGUCACCGUCACCCACCGUGGAGGGACGUCAUCUUCCUCCCUUGACUCUGAAAUGGAGGUCUCGCAGACGGUGAAGGCUAUCCAGUCUAUCUGCCAGCCCACCGACUACAAGGAGGCCUGCGUCAACACCCUCACCGCCGCCGCCGGGGCAAACGUCACCGACCCCGCUGACCUCGUGAAGCUCACCUUCACGGUGGCGAUCGAGCACGUCAAACAGGUGUUCAACCAGUCGGCGCUGCUGAAGGAGGCAGCGGCGGACCCGAGGACGAAGCACGCGCUGGAGAACUGCGAGGAGCUGCUGGAGUACGCCGUCGACGACCUGAAGAACUCCGCCGCCCAGCUGGGGGCCGUUGACCUUUCGAAGAUGAACAAGGUGGUGGAGGAUCUCAAGGUCUGGCUGAGCGCUGCCAUCACCUACCAGGAGACCUGCCUGGACGGGUUCGAGAACGCCACCGGCGACGCGGGGGCCGCCAUGCGCAAGGCCAUGAACGCCUCCAUGGCGCUGACCCAGAACACCCUCGCCAUCGUCAACGACGUCUCCUCCGUCUUCACCUCCUUCCAAAUCCCCUCCUUCACCCGCCGCCUCCUCUCCUCCGACGACCAAGAACCAGAAGACGACCAGCAGCCGCGGUGGGUGGACGCGGGGCGGCGGCGGCUGCUGGCGCUGGAGGCGGCGGAGUUGUCCGCCGACAUCGUGGUGGCCAAGGACGGCAGCGGCAACUUCACCACCAUCAACGAGGCCCUCGCCGCCGUGCCCAAGAAGAAAAACACCACCACCGUCAUGUACAUCAAGGAGGGCUCCUACGAAGAAAACGUCCAGGUCAACCGCAGCCUCACCAACCUCAUGAUGAUCGGCGACGGUCCCACGAAGACCAAGAUCACCGGCGCCCUCAACUUCGUCGACGGCACCCCCACCUUCAAGACCGCCACCUUCGGUAAUCUAAUCCUCCUCCCUCCUCCCACAAGCAAGUUCCCAACGUGAACUCUGUACUUCCAUGGCGCAGCGGUGAUCGGCGACGGAUUCAUCGCCAAGAACAUGGGGUUCGAGAACACGGCGGGGGCGGCGAAGCACCAGGCGGUGGCGCUGAGGGUGCAGUCGGACAUGUCCAUCUUCUACAACUGCCAGAUGGACGGGUACCAGGACACGCUGUACGCGCACACGAAGCGGCAGUUCUACAGGGACUGCACCAUCUCCGGCACCAUCGACUUCGUGUUCGGCAACUCGGCGGUGGUGUUCCAGAACUGCCUGCUGCUGGUGAGGAGGCCGCUGGAGAACCAGCAGAACAUCGUGACGGCGCAGGGGAGGAAGGACCGCCGGGAGCCGACGGGGAUCGUGCUGCAGAACUGCACCAUCGCCGCCGACGAGGAGUAUUUUCCGGUGAGGAGGAGGCUGAGGUCGUAUCUGGGGAGGCCGUGGAAGGAGUACUCGAGGACACUGGUGAUGCAGUCGCAGAUCGACGACCUGAUAGAUCCGCAGGGGUGGCUGCCGUGGAUGGGGGACUUCGCGCUGAGCACCUGCUUCUACUCGGAGUUUGAGAACAGGGGGCCCGGGGCGGUGACGACGCAGAGGGCGACGUGGAGAGGAGUGAAGAAGACGAGCCACGAGCGCGCGGUCAAGUUCACAGCGGAGAUAUUCAUCCAGGGGAACCGCUGGAUCAAACCCUCCGGGGUGCCCUACUUCCCCGGCCUGCUCCCCGCCCCCGCCGGCCUGGAGCCGGCUCCUCCGGCCCAUUCGCCGACUUCAUCUCCCUCUCUCUGA